CCGAGCCCCGGGCCGAGCAGCGCGCCGCCUUCCCCAGAUGGCGGAGUGAGCGAGGAUGCGCCUCCCCAGCUCCAUCUUUGUGUCGGUGUCCCUGUUCACGGCCGAGACCACGGCGGCUCUGUACCUGAGCUCCACGUACCGCUCCGCCGGGGACCAGAUCUGGCAGGGGCUCACGCUCCUCUUCACGCUGGUGCCGUCCGUGCUGGUGCAGCUCACCCUCACCUUCAUCCACCGGGACCUGGGCCGGGACCGACCGCUCAUCCUGCUGCUGCACAUCCUGCAGUUCGGACCCAUCGUCAGGUGUCUGGAGGCGUUCUGUAUCUAUGGCAGCGUGGGCCGAGUGGAGGAGCCGUAUGUCAGCAUCACCAGGAAGAAGCAGAUCCCCCGGGGGGGUCAGUCUGAGGAGGUGGAGCGGCAGGUGGGGCAGGCGGAGGGGAAACUGUUCACGCACCGAGCAGCCUUCGCCCGCACCUCUGUUAUCCAGGCCUUCCUGGGAUCGGCGCCCCAGCUCACCCUGCAGCUAUACAUCUGCGUCCUGCAGCAGGGGGUGUCCAUCGGUAGAGGCACACUGAUGGUGAUCUCCCUCCUGUCCAUUGUGUACGGAGCACUGCGCUGCAACAUCUUGGCCAUUAAGAUCAAAUAUGACGACUAUGAAGUGGACAUCCGGCCCAUGGCGUAUCUGUGCAUCUUCAUGUGGAGGAGCUUCGAGAUCGCCACCCGUGUGGUGGUGCUGGUGCUGUUCAGCUCCGUGCUGCAGCUCUGGGUUCUGCCCGUGGUUAUGCUCAACUUCCUUGUUUUCUUCUUCUACCCCUGGAUCCUGUUCUGGCAGAGUCACUCGCCGUUCCCAGAGAAUAUAGAAAAGACUCUGACCAGGGUGGGAACCACCAUCGUGCUUUGCAUGCUCACCUUCCUCUACGCCGGCAUCAACAUGUUCUGCUGGUCGGCCGUGCAGGUGAAACUCAACGACCCAGACCUCAUCAACAAGUCCCAGAACUGGUAUCGCAUGGCCGUGUACUACAUGCUGCGUUUUGUGGAGAACGCCUCGCUCCUUCUGCUGUGGUACGUCUACAAAACAGACUUCUACAAGUUCAUCUGCGCGCCCCUGCUGGUGCUGCAGCUGCUGGUCGCCUACGCCAUGGCCAUCUUCUUCAUGCUGGUCUUCUACCAGCUCUGUCAUCCGUGUCGGAGGCUCUUCUCCUCCAACAUGUCCCAGGGCCUGUGGGACUGCUCAACGCUUCUGUGUCUCAUGUGCGACUCCACUUCACCGCAGAACAGGCCGAUGGGAAAGGCCGUCUUGGAGCCGCCGGGGGCCUCCACGUGCCAAGAGCCGGGUGAUGACGGAGCCCACGACUCGGCCAGUGAGCCAACAGGCGACGCCCCCAACGACACCACCUAUGACAUGCUCGACGACACAGUCUAUGACAUUCCCAAUGAAACGGGCAGUAAUGUAGGAGGCGGGAUCAAUGGCGACAUCAGCCACACUCUCACCUGCAAUGCUUAGAGCCUCACAAUGUGUACGGUGCCAUUCAGAGCGUCCACUCUGACAGUUAUCAUUCCCUCAGCUACCUUUUAAGUGCCACAUGGAUCCGCCUGUGAGUUGAGUUUACAUUUUAAAUCCUUCAAACUUAAUCUCACACAUCCCAACUGUGUUUUCUAUCAUCGUCUGUUACAUGAACGCAACGUGUCCUUAACUUGAGAUCUGUCCUGGCUGCAAACAUGCUGAGUGUUAAUUUGUUUGAAAACAAUACGGAGGUGGUGCUCGGCCAUCUCAUCAGGCAACAUCCUGACCGGUGAUCCUGCAGCCUGUUACAAAUACAAACCCAUGGAUGCCAUUGUUUUCCCCUAGGUUUGGAAACUAUAUAUGCUGCAUUACUGAUCACACGGAGCCAUGCAUUUGAAUAGAUUGUAUUUAAUAUGUCUUUGGCAUGGAGGUGUGCAUGUUUGGAGCCUCUGAUGAGGUGCAUUGUUCUCCCGGGGGGGGGGGAGCUCUGUUUUCAACAGUUGUAUAUCUCUCUCUGGACCUCCUGGUCGUUUUUGCGGCUGCAAGCAAUCAGCUUUUUUACUCCUUGAUAAGAGCUUUAUCAGAAACACGUGCUGCUUCCUCUGUAUUUGUGCUUGUCACUGAGACAAGAAUCUCCACAUUUUGCCGAUUUAAAGAGGCCGUUUAUUCACAUAACAUGUGACUGUGAAUGCACGCACAUCUAAGUGUAAUGUUUCUUGCACGUUUACAAAAAAAAAGGAUUUAAGUGGCUUUGAUUCAAACGCUGAGCAGCAAAUGCUGUUGUGAUGUAAAAUGCUAUAGUUGCUUCUGUGUGUCUGUCGUCAGUUACCACAUUUACACUGAGUGCACAAAUCUGUAACAAAGUAUAUUUUCUUUUUUUCCACCUUAAUGUAUAAUUGUGUGUGAGGGAAUGUCGGUGUUGUUUGACCUGGCGUUCCUUUUUGCAUCGUAUCUGCAGAGGACUGACGACCUCGCCAAUCACAUGAAUGCUCCUGACAUUUGUACAAAUAAGACGAAUAAGCCAAAAAGAUAAAUAACUUGUGAAACACAUUCUGAUACAUUAACAAGAUACAAGGCAUUUCA